AGCCUCUUUCUUUCUUUCUUCCUUUUUUCUUUGUCUGGGGUGGAAUUGGACAGGUACGGAUGGGGACGUGGUGUUCUAUUUCUAGGUUAUUGACUUAACGGGCUAGUACACCAAGUGUCUAUCCUGAUUUGAUUGAUCAUUUGUCAACGUUCAUGUCGUGUCUUUGUUUUGUUUUCUCCUGGUUGGGCUUGUUCCGUCUCCCUUCCUACCUGUCUAUUCAUUCAUGUAUGUGCAGGAUCCAUAACAGCCUAAACAAAGGUAUAAUUGCAUAUGCUCGAGUGAGACACUCUAGACAAGGCGCAUCCGAAGUGAGCGCAUACAGGCUUAAAUGUCAAGCUACCAUUGGGUGUCCUGAUAGAUCGAGGGAUUUUGACUCAUGAUCUUCGUCAUCGUUUUGAACUGUACAGCCAAC